AUAAAUGCCCUCUUGCCCUAACAAACAUACAGCGCCUCCCUCAACAUCACUUUCUCAUCUUUCUCCUCCCAUCUCCUCCACAGUGCCACCGUCUCCUCCACUGCUCCGCCACAGCGCCACCAUCUCCUCCUCUGCUCCUCCACAGCGCCGCCUCCUCCUCCUCUGCUCCUCAACAGCGCCGCCUCCUCCACACUGCCACCGUCCUUCACGUUUGCAGGUUACUCGCUACUGGACCGUAACAUAUUUCUUAAUCUUGAUAUUGUUUUGAUUCAAUCUGCAAUCAUGUCUCGAAUAUGUGUUAAAAAUUUGCCAAAGCAUGCAACUGAGGAACGCAUACGAGAUUAUUUUUCUCAAAAAGGAGAAGUAACUGAUGCCAAGCUCAUGCGGACCAGAGAUGGUAAAAGCAGACAAUUUGGUUUUGUUGGUUUCCGGACUGAGAAAGAAGCUGCAGAAGCUUUAAAGUUUUUUCAUGGUUCUUUCAUGGAUACUUACAGACUUACUUGUGAGAUUGCACGCCAAGUGGGUGAUUCAGAAAUGCCACGUCCAUGGAGCCGACAUUCUCUUAAGAAACAAGAAAAGCCAACCAUGGAGAAAAAGGAAUCUGUUAAAUCAAGUAAAAAAGUUACAUCAGAGCCGAAGAAUGACACUGAGAAUGGUGACCUUCAGUUCCAGGAGUUUCUUCAGGUCAUGCAACCCCGUACAAAGUCAAAGCUGUGGUCAAAUGAUAUGUUAGAAGCCACCCAAGAAAAAGAUGGCAACAAGAAAGUUCAACUAAAAGAAGGCAAACCGAAACUGAAUUCGGAAUCUGACAAGGUGAACGAAAUCGGUGAUAAAUCGUUGUCAGAUAUGGAUUACUUUAAAAGCAGGGUAAAAAAAGAUUGGUCAGAUUCAGACGCUGAUGAUGUAGAGGAGGCUGAGAAUGAUGACGAUGAUGGUGAAAUCGAGAAAAUAGAUGACAUGAAUCCUGAAAACCCUAAUGAAACCGAUGAUGUAGAUGAACCAUCAUCAAGUUUAGAAGAUGAAGAUGAUGUUCUACAAACUGGCCGUCUUUUUGUUAGAAAUCUUCCAUAUACUGCUUCGGAAGACGAUUUGCGGGAGCAUUUCAGCAAGUUUGGCAGUGUCUCUGAGGUUCAUCUGGUGGUUGAUAGAGAUACAAAACGAUCAAAGGGGAUUGCUUAUAUUCUCUAUGCACUUCCAGAAUCUGCAGCUAGGGCAUUAGAAGAGCUUGACAAUUCGAUUUUUCAAGGCAGACUCCUGCACAUUAUGCCAGCAAAGCAAAAAGUUGUUCCUGUGAAGAAAGACGAGUUUGAUCAUCAAGCAAAGACGUUUAAGCAACAAAGAGAAGAAAAGAGGAAGAAAUCUGAAAUUUCCGGAGAUACAAGAGCUUGGAACAGUUUAUUUAUGAGACCAGAUACAGUUGUUGAGAAUAUCGCUAGGGAAUUUGGUACAAGUAAAAGUGAAUUACUAGACCGAGAAGCCUCUGAUGUAGCUGUACGUAUUGCAUUAGCAGAAACACAAGUGGUUGCAAAGACAAAAAAGGCUCUUGCAAAUGCCGGUGUUAAUGUGACUUCUUUAGAGAAUUUUGCCAGUAAAAAAACUGAGUCCGGAAAAAGAAGUAACCAUGUUAUACUAGUAAAAAAUCUUCCCUAUGGUUCUUCUGAAAGUGAACUUGCUACCAUGUUUGGAAAAUUUGGAAGCAUCGACAAAGUUAUUCUCCCUUCAACAAAAACGCUAGGCUUGGUUGUUUUUCUUGAACCUGGUGACGCUCGUGCAGCAUUUAAAUGUUUGGCGUACAAGCGGUACAAAGAUGCUCCUUUGUAUUUGGAGUGGGCCCCUGAUGACAUUUUGAGUGGGGAUCAAGUAGGUGUAACUGAUGAAAAAGAAACUCCUAUCGUGGGAGAACAACAGACCAAACGAGCAUUACUGGAGCAACAAUUAGAAGGAACAGAUGAUGCUGAUAUUGAUACAGAACGAGUUGAGUCGCGGUCACUCUUUGUCAAGAAUCUGAAUUUUAAAACUACCGACGAGAGUUUGAAGAAACAUUUUGUUGAGCACAUAAAGGAAGGAAAACUACGAAGUGUCAGGAUAAAAAAGCACAUGAAGAAUGGGAAAAACGUUUCAAUGGGUUUUGGGUUUUUGGAGUUUGAUACUGUGGAUACUGCUGUACAUGUCUGCAGGGAUUUACAGGGAACGGUUUUGGAUGGACAUGCCCUUAUAUUACAGUUGUGCCAUGUUAAGAACAAUGAUAGAGUAAAAGAGAAGGUGGGCGAAGAUCAAAGUUCAACGAAGUUAAUUGUGAGAAAUGUAGCUUUUGAAGCUACCGAGAAAGAGUUGCGCCAAUUGUUUAGCCCUUUUGGUCAGGUAAAGAGUUUAAGGCUUCCAACAAGGUUCGGGAAGCAUAGAGGAUUUGCUUUUGUCGAGUAUGUAACAAAACAAGAGACGAAAACCGCCUUGCAAGCUCUAUCAAACACUCAUUUAUAUGGGCGUCAUCUGGUUUUGGAGAGAGCAAAAGAAGGAGAGAGUUUAGAAGAGUUGCGGGCUCGAACCGCUGCUCAGUUUGUUGAUGAGAGCACAGGUUUUCAAAACCAGACUAAAUUAUCUCUAAAGAGGAAGCAACUUGAUAUUUAGGAUUGACAUUAUAAAUUAGGCCCAGUUUUGAUAUUUUAUGUAAUUUGUUUUUUUUUUUCAUAUUUUUAUAUGCCCACAGGGGUGGACCCGCAUGGUAACACUAGUAAAAAAAUACUAUAUUUAUGUUAUAUGGUAUUUGAUACUUGGUUUUUAUAUACUA